AGUCUAUAGGGGGGGCGUCUAUAGGGGCACCUGUCGGGGGGGCGGGUCUGCGGGGGCGGUGCCGGGCGCGCGGGGCUGGGUUCCUACACCCCCCUCAUCGGUCCCCUAUAGAGCGCCUAUAGAGGGCGGGGGCUGGGCGCGGCUGGCUCCUAUGGCCGCUAUAGGGCGCGCGUAGGGCCGCGGCGCCGCCCCGCCCCGCCCAGCGCAGCGCAGCGCAGCCCGCGCCGCCGGGACCGGAGCCGCCGCGGAUCGCGGAACUUGGGCGGCCGGGCCGGGCCGGGCCGGGCCCAGCGGGACCGGGACCGGGACCGAGCCGAGGGGACCGGGCCGGGCCGGCCGCAGCCAUGGCGGAGCUGCGCGUGUUUCCCCUGUCGUGCGUGGCGCAGAGCUACGCCUGGGGCAAGGUCGGCCUGGAGAGCGAGGUGGCCAAGCUGCUGGCCAGCAGCGACCCCCUGGCGCACAUAGAGCCCGACCGGCCCUACGCCGAGCUGUGGAUGGGCGCACACCCCAAGGGCGACGCCGUGAUCCGGGACAACCGCAUCCCCCAGCAGACCUUGGGCCAGUGGAUCACGGAUAACCCCGGCUGCCUGGGGGCCAAGGUCAAGGACACCUUCGAUGGCCAGCUGCCUUUCCUCUUCAAAGUGCUCUCGGUCAACACGGCCCUCUCCAUCCAGGCACACCCCAACAAGGAGCUCGCGGCAAAGCUGCACACCCAGUUCCCUGAGCACUACCCGGACACCAACCACAAGCCAGAAAUGGCCAUUGCACUGACCCCCUUUGAGGGCUUAUGUGGUUUCCGGCCCGUCGAGGAGAUCGUGUCCUUCCUGCAGACCGUCCCCGAGUUACGGGCGCUGAUCGGCGACGUGGCCGCGGAGCAGCUGGAGCGCAGCGUGAGCGAUGACCCCCGUGGCGUGUCGGCUGCCCUGCGCGUGUGCUUCACCCGCAUGAUGAAGAGCGAGAAGAAGUUCUUCGUAGACCAGCUGAACAUGCUGGUGAAGAGGAUUUCCCAGGAAGCCGCUGAAGGGAAGGACACGUCGGGGAGCAACGGGGAGCUGCUGCUGCGGCUGCACUCCCAGUACCCAGGAGACAUCGGCUGCUUCACCAUUUACUUCCUCAACCUGGUGAGGCUGGAGCCGGGGGAGGCCAUGUUCCUGGGAGCCAACGAGCCGCACGCCUACCUGCACGGAGACUGCAUCGAGUGCAUGGCAUGUUCCGACAACACCGUACGAGCCGGGCUCACCCCGAAGUUCAUCGACGUGCUCACCUUGUGCGAGAUGCUCAACUACACGCCAGCACCCAGCAGCUCCAAGAUCUUCCCUGCCACGCAGAGCCAGCUCGAUCCCAGCGUCUACCUCUAUGACCCGCCUGUGCCAGACUUCACGCUCAUGAGGAUAGAGAUUCCUUCCUCGAUCAAGCUGUACCUUGUCUCUGCUGUGGACUCUGCUAGCAUCUUGCUGGUGAUCCAAGGAACGGCUGUAGGUACCUCCACAGCUGCAGCGUCCGAAAUGACUCUGCGUCGUGGCUCUGUGCUGUUCAUCUCUGCCAAUGAGAGCAUCUCCCUCCACCUCUCCUCACCAGAAGGGAUGCUGCUCUUCCGGGCCUGCUGCCUCCUCUGAGUGGGGACCCCAGGACACCUCCCCUGCAGUGACUCCACUUUAGAGUAGAUAGAAACUGGCCUGGGCAAAGUAGGCUUGCCAGGUUGGGUGUUAGCUUGAAAGUUGCCCCUUCAUCCACUAUUAAACCCAAAGUAACCUGCACUCAAUUUGUACAAAAAGCAAUUUCACACUCACCCUCUGGCUUUUGAAUCAACUCCUUGAUCAUGGCCCAGAGCAAAGGGGCGAGGAAGAACCUCUCCCUUCGUAGCUUUGUAACCACAUCCCUGCGUGCCAGUACUUACCAGUGCUGCUAAUGCCAUACGGCAACUUUUUUUUCCUCCCUCUUGCUGAAAAGCAGCAGGGAGACAUGAGAUCUGUGCCCCUGGUCACAAGAGAAGUCCUCACCUGGUGCUGGAGAGCAGCACCUUUGCCCGUCCUGUAGGGAUGUUCUGCUGCUUGCCCGUACAAAUGUGACGCUGAGGUUUUCUCCUGGGAGAAGAGAUGGAAACUGGGGCUGCAAUAGGGCUUUUUUUUAGAGCUGGCUUUAUCAAAAGUGCUUCAGGAGACUGCAGGCAGGGAGGGGGGCUUGGCUGGUGCGGGGGAGUGUUUAUUUGCUGUCCCUCUGCACUGCACAUCACUGCCUGUUGCUGACGACUAACUGUGAAACACCUAAUUCUCAUCUAAAGGAGGGGGUGUGAUCACAUCAGACACCUCCUGGCUCUCACCAGCACCCAGGCGUGUUGUGCAGAGCUGCACUACAGCAGGGGAAGGCAGGGCUGGAGGACAGCAGCCCUGGGGGGUGGAGGGGGGAACCUGUUCCUGGGUGUUUGGUAGUGUUACCAUGCCUGGUUGCUUGUAGGCAGUCAUGUAAGCUGUGUCCCCCUUCCCUGUCUGUAAAAGGGAAAAGGCACAGUCCUACUUUGCAGGGUGGUGUGAAGCUGAACGUUUGGAGAUCCUCAGAUGAACGGUGCUAUGAAUAAAGUGAUAACUUUGUCCUGA